AUGGCAACUCCCAAGCGCGUGCCCCCACCCAUCAGCUUCGACAAUUCCCAAUUACGCAACGCCGUUGGGUCCAAUGCCUCCCUUCUGAGCUCCCAGAAAACUUUGGAGAUGUACAGGCAGAAUGUGAAGAAAACCAACGAUUUCUCCAUUCAGUAUUCCUUUGCCGUAUUUCUGAUUUCCACUGCUCAAGAACAAGGCUUGAACUUUGAUGAUGUUAAGAGGAAACCAAGUCCGAAACCUCUAAGAGAUCAUGAAAGUCCUUAUGUGGAAGGUUCAACUGCGUCGCCACAUGACUUGGUGCGGGAGGCGCGCGCCAUAUUGCAAAAGCUCGCCAAUGCUGGAUAUCCCUUCGCGCAGUAUUAUCUUGCAGAUGGAUACGCUUCUGGGCUGUUCAGCAAAGGGAAGGAGGACUACAACUCCGCGUUCCCCCUGUUUGUUCUCGCCGCCAAGCACGGUCACGCGGAGUCUGCAUAUCGGACCGGCUUGUGUUACGAGUUCGGCUGGGGCUGUCGGAAAGACCCCGCAAAAGCUGUCCAGUUCUUGCGAACUGCUGCUUCCAAAAGACAUCCUGGCGCCAUGACUAGGUUAGGAAAGGCUUGCUUGUCUGGAGAUCUGGGCGAGAAGCGGUACAGGGAGGGCAUCAAGUGGCUCAAGCUUGCGACCGAGUCAGCUGAUACGAUCUAUAACGCGGCUCCAUAUCAUCUCGGGUGCUUGUACGAAACAGGCUAUGGUGAUGACAUCUUCAAAGACGAAAGCUACGCUGCCGAGUUGUUCACGCAGGCUGCGGAUCUCGGCCAUCCGGAAGCCAAUUACCGCAUGGGCGAUGCCUAUGAACACGGAAAGUUAAACUGUCCCAGAGAUCCAGCACUCAGCGUUCAUUUCUACACGGGAGCUGCCGAACGGGGUCAUGCCGCUGCCAUGAUGGGUCUUUGUGCCUGGUACAUGGUUGGAGCAGAGCCUAUCUUGGAGAAGGAUGAAGAGGAAGCUUAUGAGUGGGCCCGCCGGUCCGCAGAGCUAGGAUAUGUCAAGGCAGAGUAUGCUGUUGGCUAUUUCACUGAAAUGGGCAUUGGCUGUCGAAGGGAUAUCCUGGAAGCCAACGUCUGGUACGUAAAGGCAGCAGAUGCUGGGGACGAGCGUGCCAAACAACGACUUGCUGCUAUUCGCGCAGCAAUCAGUGGCGGCACGCCGAUGGAGGUUGCUCCUCCACGUAAUGGCAAAAUCAAGAAGACCGGUGCAGAGAAGGACGAGAACUGCGUUAUAAUGUGA